UGACAAUAAUUUUUCCCCUUCAAUCGUGGUUCCGAUCCCCUCCUUUCAGCUCGCUUAUAAACUGAUUAGUUCCUAUAAUCUGAAUCUUUCCAUCACCGGAGUCACAACCUCCCUAUUUGCAUACAUUUUUGGUAUUUAGUUAGCCACAUCUUUUCACGUCUUGCAUCAACACAACUUAAGAUGCCAGGUGCUUUAUCCCCAGUCCACAACGAAUUCAGAAGUGACACGUUCACUCAGCCAACGGCGUCUGUCCUCGCCGCCGCUACCACUUGCACCUUGGGUGAUUCUGUCUACCAGGAGGAUGCUUCCACCAUUGCCUUGGAACAAAAGCUCGCUGUCCUCACUGGGAAACCGGCCGGUUUGUUCUGUGUCUCCGGCACCUUGUCCAACCAACUUGCCCUCAGAACUCACUUGUAUCAGCCGCCACACUCCAUUCUCUGUGACUAUCGUGCUCAUGUCUACAGCUUAGAGGCCGGUGGGGUAGCCUCCUUGUCCCAGGCUAUGGUCACUCCAGUCCACCCAGCCAACGGUGACUACUUGACCCUCGAAGACAUUGUGGAAAACUUCAUUCCCGAUGACGGCGACAUCCACUUAGCUCCCACCAAGGUUAUUUCCUUGGAACAGACCUUGCACGGUAUUGUCACCCCUAUCGAGGAGUUGAGAAGAAUCUCCGCCUGGUGCAAGGACCAGCAGGUUAUUUUGCACUGUGAUGGUGCUCGUUUGUGGAACGCACACAUCGCCACGGGUAUCUCUAUGGCGGAGUACUGCUCUUUGUUUGACUCUGUUUCUCUCUGUUUGUCCAAGUCCCUCGGUGCGCCAAUUGGGUCUGUGCUUGUCGGUGAGGCUGCCUUCAUCAAAAAAGCCAACCACUUCAAAAAGCAGAACGGUGGUGGGAUUAGACAGGCUGGGAUAAUCGCGGCCAUGGCGUCUGUUGCCAUCGACGAGAACUUGCCGCAGCUUCACCGUUCCCACGCCAUGGCCAGGGAGCUCGGUGAAUACUGCGAGAGCUUGGGGGUUGUGUUGGAGUCCCCUGUCCACACGAACUUUGUGUUUAUUGACACCAAGAAGUCAAAGAUGAACGGUCAGCUCUUGUCGCAGUUAGCUACUAAGUAUGAUGUGAAGAUUGGUGGUUCUAGAAUCGCUUUCCACUUCCAGAACUCCAACGAAGCUUUGCAGAAUGUUAAGAAGGCCGUGAAAGAGUGCUACGAAGACAGUUUGGUGAAUCCAUACAUUGCCACUGGUAUUUCCAAGUUCUACAAUAUCAAGUAAGUAGACCAGAGGAAACCAUCGAGGCUUUCUGGGUAGUUGCCUUAUCCUGAUAUUUUUUUGUUCCUCUAUCUUGCUUUUGGUGUUUUCUCUUGUGCUACAGAACUCAUUUGUGUACUUAUUGUACAUUUACUUACAAUCUACAUAUGUUCCCUUCUCAUCUUUUGCAUAUUCAUUUUUCAAUACGGGAAUCAUUAUAAUACACUUUAAUUAAUGAUGU